UCACUUGGUUCCCAGGUACCAUGAGGAAACCGCGCAAGAAGUCGCGGCAGAAUGCCGAGGGCCGGCGCUCCCCGUCACCCUACAGUCUCAAGUGCUCACCCACCCGUGAGACCCUGACAUAUGCCCAGGCCCAGCGGAUUGUCGAGGUGGACAUUGAUGGACGCCUGCAUCGCAUCAGCAUCUAUGACCCGCUUAAGAUCAUCACAGAGGAUGAACUGACUGCUCAGGAUAUCACCGAAUGUAACAGUAAUAAGGAAAAUAGUGAGCAGCCCCAGUUCCCUGGCAAGUCCAAGAAACCCUCAUCCAAAGGCAAGAAGAAGGAGUCCUGCUCUAAGCAUGCAUCCGGCACCUCCUUCAACCUCCCACAGCCCAGCUUCCGCAUGGUGGACUCAGCCAGCCAGCCAGAAGCACCUCCUUUGCCCGCAGCCUACUACCGCUACAUUGAGAAGCCACCUGAAGACCUGGAUGCAGAGGUAGAGUACGACAUGGAUGAGGAAGACCUUGCCUGGCUGGAUAUGGUAAAUGAGAAGCGGCGAGUGGAUGGGCACAGUUUGGUGUCAGCAGACACCUUCGAGCUGCUAGUGGACCGACUUGAGAAAGAGUCAUACCUGGAGAGUCGCAGCAGUGGGGCCCAGCAGUCACUCAUUGAUGAAGACGCCUUCUGUUGCGUGUGCCUGGAUGAUGAAUGCCAUAAUAGCAAUGUCAUUCUCUUCUGUGACAUCUGCAACCUGGCUGUACACCAGGAGUGCUACGGUGUUCCCUACAUCCCUGAGGGCCAGUGGCUCUGCCGCUGCUGCCUGCAGUCUCCCUCCCGGCCUGUGGAUUGCGUCCUCUGCCCCAAUAAGGGUGGUGCCUUCAAACAGACGAGCGACGGGCACUGGGCCCAUGUGGUGUGCGCCAUCUGGAUCCCUGAAGUCUGCUUCGCUAACACCGUGUUCCUGGAGCCUAUCGAGGGCAUUGACAACAUCCCACCUGCCCGCUGGAAACUAACCUGCUAUAUCUGCAAGCAGAAGGGACUGGGUGCAGCCAUCCAGUGCCAUAAGGUGAACUGCUACACGGCCUUUCAUGUGACGUGUGCACAGCGGGCUGGGCUCUUCAUGAAGAUUGAGCCCAUGCGGGAGACCAGCCUCAAUGGCACCAUCUUCACAGUGCGCAAGACGGCCUACUGUGAGGCCCACUCACCACCACGUGCCACCACUGCCAGGAGAAAGGAUGACUGCCCUGGUGGCCUUAGUGAAGCUGGAGAUGAAGAAGGACUAAAGGAGGGUGGUGGGGAAGAGGAAGAAGAUGAGAAAGAAGUGAAGGAGGAGGAGGAGGAAGGCCAAGGUGGGAUGGGUGGCCCUCUUAAGGGAGUGCCCAAGAAGAACAAGAUGAGUUUGAAACAAAAGAUCAAGAAAGAACCAGAGGAAGUGGGCCUGGACACACCCUCCACUGUCCCAAUGGUCACUAUACCACAGAUCCCCUCCUACAGGUUGAACAAGAUCUGUAGUGGUCUCUCCUUUCAGAGGAAAAACCAGUUCAUGCAGCGGCUUCACAACUACUGGCUGUUGAAGCGGCAGGCACGGAAUGGUGUCCCCCUCAUCCGGCGCCUGCACUCCCACCUGCAGUCGCAAAGGAACGCUGAGCAGCGAGAGCAGGAUGAGAAGACAAGUGCAGUGAAGGAGGAGCUGAAAUACUGGCAGAAGCUCCGGCACGACUUGGAGCGGGCACGGCUGCUGAUUGAGCUAAUUCGGAAGAGAGAGAAACUCAAGCGGGAGCAGGUUAAGGUUCAGCAGGCUGCCAUGGAGCUGGAACUGAUGCCAUUCAAUGUCCUGCUGAGGACAACGCUGGACCUGCUGCAGGAGAAGGAUCCCGCACACAUCUUUGCGGAACCAGUCAACCUGAGUGAGGUUCCAGAUUACCUGGAAUUCAUAUCCAAGCCAAUGGAUUUUUCUACUAUGAGGCGGAAGCUGGAGUCCCACCUGUACCGCACCUUGGAGGAGUUUGAGGAGGACUUUAACCUUAUAGUUACCAACUGCAUGAAGUAUAAUGCUAAAGACACAAUUUUCCACCGAGCAGCUGUCCGCCUGCGGGACCUAGGAGGGGCCAUCCUGCGGCACGCCCGGCGGCAGGCGGAGAACAUCGGCUAUGACCCCGAAAGGGGCACCCAUCUGCCCGAGUCACCCAAAUUGGAGGACUUUUACCGCUUCUCCUGGGAAGACGUGGACAACAUCCUUAUCCCAGAGAACCGGGCCCAUUUGUCCUCGGAGGUGCAGCUGAAGGAGCUGCUGGAGAAACUGGACCUGGUGAGCGCCAUGCGGUCCAGCGGGGCCCGGACGCGCCGUGUCCGCCUGCUGCAUCGGGAAAUCAACGCCCUUCGGCAGAAGCUGGCACAGCCACCACCACCGCUGCCGUCAUUGAACAAGACUGUGCCCAAUGGGGAGCUGUCGGCAGGGCCGCGGGGCGAGGCUGCCAUGCUGGAGCAGGCCCUGCAGGAGGAGCCAGAAGACGAUGGGGACAGAGAUGACUCCAAACUUCCUCCCCCACCAACCCUGGAGCCCACUGGGCCUGCGCCAUCCUUGUCUGAGCAGGAAUCUCCCCCGGACCCCCCUACUCUGAAACCCAUCAAUGAUAGCAAACCUCCAAGCCGGUUCCUAAAGCCCAGAAAGGUGGAAGAAGAUGAACUCUUGGAAAAAUCACCUCUGCAGCUAGGGAGUGAGCCCUUACAACGUCUGCUCAGUGACAGUGGCCUCAACAGACUGUCCUUUACAGCCCCUGAUGCCCCCGCUGGUGCCCCACUCAGUGGUGUGGGCCGCCGCACAUCAGUCCUCUUCAAGAAGGCCAAGAACGGGGUGAAGCUGCAGAGGAGCCCAGACAGGGCCCUGGAGAAUGGCGAGGACCAUGGUGUGGUGGGCUCUCCUGCCUCUCCUGCCAGCACUGAGGAUGAGCGGCAUUCCCGGAAGCGGCCACGGAGUAGGAGCUGUAGUGAGAGCGAAGGGGAAAGGUCCCCCCAGCAGGAGGAGGAGACAGGCGUGACCAAUGGCUUUGGAAAACACACCGAAAGCGGGUCUGACUCGGAAUGUAGUUUGGGUCUCAGUGGUGGACUGGCAUUUGAAGCUUGCAGUGGUCUGAUGCCCCCAAAACGUAGCCGUGGAAAGCCAGCUCUGUCUCGAGUGCCCUUCCUGGAAGGUGUGAAUGGAGACUCUGACUACAACAGUUCAGGCAGAAGCCUCCUGAUGCCCUUUGAAGACCGCGGAGACCUGGAGCCCCUGGAGCUGGUGUGGGCCAAGUGCCGAGGCUACCCCUCCUACCCUGCCUUGAUCAUCGAUCCCAAGAUGCCCCGGGAGGGCCUCCUGCACAAUGGUGUCCCCAUCCCAGUCCCCCCGCUGGAUGUGCUGAAGCUGGGAGAGCAGAGACAGGCAGAGGCUGGAGAGAAGCUCUUCCUUGUCCUCUUCUUUGACAACAAGCGCACCUGGCAGUGGCUUCCCAGGGACAAAGUCCUGCCCCUGGGGGUGGAAGACACCGUGGACAAGCUCAAGAUGCUGGAAGGCCGCAAGACCAGCAUCCGCAAGUCUGUGCAAGUAGCCUACGACCGCGCAAUGAUCCACCUGAGCCGUGUCCGGGGGCCCCACUCCUUCGUCACCUCCAGCUACCUGUGAGGGCAGGGCCUGGCCUGCAUCUGCCUGCCCUGCCUCUGUCCUGUGGGGCACAGAGAAGCCUCUUCCUCUCCCAGCCAGAUGUGUGGCUGGCAGCUUCUCCCUUUCGUGGCAGGACAGGGACUGGGGCUGUGUCUCCCCAAGGGCCAGGCCCCCGCUUUGACCAGCUGCAUGGCUCUCCUGGCAGGCCUGCUGUGUGCCAAAAACUCCCACCCAAGGUCCUUCAGGGGAUAGUCCACUGAAGAACCAGGUAGAAGUAGAAAUAGCUGUGGGUCUUGGGCGCAGCUGAGGAGAUGGACCUGGCCCAGAGGGCAGAGGGUCCUGGGCUUCUCCCCAAGGGGCUGCCUGGCCCCCUCCACCCUACUCCCAACUAACUCCACCUCAGGGCGGGCGAGGCUCUGACAUUGAUCCCAGAGGUGCUGUGGAUACGCUAGGGUCCCGCGGGGAACCUCACCGAGCUCACCCUUUCUCUCCCCGAUCAUCACCCAUUCUUACUCCUCUUCCCUGUCUCAGUCUCUCUCUCCCUCUGUCCCAUGUUCCUCCCCAUGUUCCUUUCCUUACUUUCUCUUGUGCCAAACUGACAGAAACUAUCCCAAAGUGGUCUUUUUCUUUAAUGUCUCAUUCCCCCUGUGGCCAGCUGCCAUGCUAGGUGGAUGCUUUCACCUGGCUCCUCAGGACCCAGGACAGAGGCCAGCACACCACCUGGGGUGCCCCCUCCCCCGCCCCGGCAGGCCCUCAUCAUACCCACCCAUGACCUUCACAUGUGCUGCAGCCCCACAGCUAUGAGGCUGGGCUGUGAGCACUUGCCCCUCGGACUGCAGGCGAGGCCCCUCCUCCUGCUCCUGGCCUUGCUGAGGGGUGGGCUGAGGCUUGGUGGGCAGGCCCCUGUCUGCAGGCCAGGUCGCUCGUGGGAGUGUCCAUCUGUCCACUGGAUGGUGAGGGCUGUUUGGGGUGGAACCACUCUGUGCCCUUCAGCUGGGCCUGCCCCUGCCCCUCCCAUCCUCUCCUCGUGGUCUUUUGUUUUUUUGCACCUGCAUCCUUAACGCCUCGCUCCACCACCGUGGCUGGCAUGGUGCCUCAGUCAGCAUCAUCCUUUCCUGCACUCUGCCCUGCCCAGCCUCUGCUGCUCCCACCUCCAAACUCCGGGGAGUGCCACGCUUUUAUUUCAAACCAUCCGUCCCCUUCCCUCUCCCUUCACCCCUCUCCCUACCGUCACCGUCUCAAAAAUGGAAGGAAAAAAAAAAAGAACAACUGUGAAUGGGGAAUGCUGACUAACAAACCAACACAACUUUCAGAGGCUUCGAUGUCUGUUCUCUGGAUGUUUCUUUUCACCUCUUAAGCACCAAAGUCGCAGGGCCAGGUUGCAGGCCACUGAUCGCCAUGUUGAUUUUUAACCUGACCUUUUUUUUUAAUUGUUUUAAAUGUUUUCAUAGGGGAGUUUUGGAUAAAAUGAAGUCACUGGGGAGAUCACUGCCAUUUUUACGCACUCGACUUUUUAAAAAAAUACAACCAACCAACCACCACAACUUCUUAUACCUUUGGGACACGAGCCAGAGUUUAAAAAGGAAUCCAACAAAAUUAUCUGUAACAUAAAGGAUGGGGUUUUGGAUUUUGUACAAUAAUAAAAAUACAAUACAGCAUAUGGCUAGGGAAGGACAUGGUGUAUAUAAUUGUAAAAUACUGUUCUAAAUUAUUCAGGCCUAUAGUUUCCAUUAUUGGAGUCCUCCAUUGUGUGGCCGAGUACUUUGAAUGCACACAGUGUCGUUUAUUUAAAGGAGCCGAUGUUUCCCCCUCCCCAGGUAGUUGGUCAGCUGUGGACUUCGUGACCUGUGUCUAAACCUGUGUUUUAAAGAUCUUGGGGCUUUCAUCCUCUCUCUCUAUUUCUAUGUCUGCCUAGCCCUUUCUUCCCUGACACUUUCUCCCUCUCUAUUUUUUCAGUCUCUGAAUCUUUCAGUCUCUCUGGGUCUCAUUUUUAAAAAUGCUCUUUUAGAACGGGAAAUGGCUCAGAUCCUGCUGUGGCAUGGGGCCUGUGUGUCUCUGUCGCGUCUGCUGUGAAGCACAUGAUGCUCUAUUUAUUGUAGAAAGUGACUUUAUUUGCUUUCUAGAAUUGUUUAUAACAGAUGGUAUAAGAGGUAAUAAACAGAAAAAUCUAUGCUUGUAAAGAAUACAAAAGUUAAUUUUACCUACUAUAAUAUGACUGUCUGAAACUUAUUUUCUCUCUGAGAAAUAAAUGUUCUAAUGGGCAG